CCAACGUCUUGACGUCACUGCAUCCCGGAGCCAGACGAGGCGCAGCCAUUUUACUCCGCGAAAUAAACUUCAGCUCCUUAUUGAGACGGCAGGAAAAGAAAAAUCUGUUCCAGCCCGAUGGGCAUGUUCUGAUCCACGGCUCGGAUGGGUUCUGCUUUCGAGUCGACAGAGUUCGGCUGCCUUUCUUAAAGGGCCAGUGACCCAGACCACUCUCUCUCGCUCUCCCCGGCCGCCCCCCUCCUGAGGCAGGAUGGAGCCCUGGGCGCCCCGGCGGCAGCUCACAGCAGAGGGGGAUUGUGGGAUAUCCAGCCUGUUGGUGCCGAGCCCACAGAGCGAGGCGGUGACCCACGAGAUGGAGGAGCUGUCGCUGCAGCCCACCCAGAGCCUACCGCCGCUCAACGAGCGCAAGAACGUCCUGCAGCUGCGGCUGCAGCAGCGGCGGACCCGGGAGCAGCUGGUGGACCAGGGCAUCAUGCCGCCUCUGAAGAGCCCAGCAGCGUUCCACGGCCAGAUCCGCAGCCUGGAGCGAGCCAGGACGGAGAACUUCCUGAAGCAUAAGAUCCGCAGCCGGCCGGAGCGCGCCGAGCUGGUCCGGAUGCACAUCCUGCAAGAGACGGGGGCGGAGCCGUCGCUGCAGGCGACCCAGAUGAAGCUGAAGCGUGCGCGGCUGGCCGACAACCUGAACGAGAAGAUCGCCCAGCGGCCCGGCCCCAUGGAGCUGGUGGAGAAGAACAUCCUGCCGGUGGCGUCCAGCCUCAAGGAGGCCAUCAUAGUGGGCCAGGUCAACUACCCCAAGGUUCUGGAGGAGGACGGUUGCUACGACGCCGUGUCUCCAGAGCAACCGGCCAGCCAGGAGUCUCAGGGCUCCGCCCCCUCACCUGGAGAGAGCAGAGUCCCGGAAACCCCGCCGACAGGCCCGGCGCCCGCAGUACUGCCUGCCAUCGCCAUGCUGCAGCCUCUUCCAGGCGCAGACUUCCCAAAGCCGGCCUCAGCCAAUGAGCAGCCUCUCACCUGUCCACCUGUCCAGCAUGCCCCGCCCACCGCCGCGCCUUCCAAACCGGGGCCGACUCUGGUCAAGCAAAGCCAACAGAAAAGUCUGUCUGAGAAGAGCCGCAGCAAGAAGGGCAAAGAGGCCAAGUCGCGCGUGAAGAAGCUGAAGUACCACCAGUACGUCCCGCCGGACCAGAAGCAGGAUGCCGGCGAGCCGCCCAUGGACUCGUCCUACGCCCGCCUGCUGCAGCAGCAGCAGCUCUUCCUGCAGCUGCAGAUCCUCAGUCAGCAGCAGCAGCAGCAGCAGCACUACAACUACCAGACCAUCCUGCCGGCGUCGCUCAAGUAGGGGACCACACACACAGAGACACAC